AUGACUGCCAACAGCAAGCCUACCCUUCUCAUCAUCGGUGGCGCCUUUCACACGCCGGCCAGCUACGGAAAGCUCGCCUCUACUCUUGAGGCAUCCGGCUUCGAGGUCCAUGUGCCACGUCUUCCCACUUGCAAUGAAGCUCGUCCCCCCAAUGCCGACUUGACGGAUGACACAGCCUUGGUUCGCAGCUACGUCGAGAGCCUUGUUCGAGCUGGACGCACUGUUGUGGCUAUCGGUCACUCUUACGGCGCUCAGGUGAUGUCCAAUGCCCUAUGUGGUCUUGGAACUGAAGCUCGGUCCUCUCAAGGUUUGAAAGGGGGCGUCUCCAACUUAAUUUACAUGGUUGGGUAUGCCCUUCCAGAGGGAAUGUCAACUUUUGAUAAGUUCAAGGAGUUUGGCAAGAUGGAAAAUGUCCCCCUGGUAUUUGACAUGGCCGAGGAUCAUACUAUUGUGCUGCGCGAUGCCCCCUUGACCAUGGGCCUUAGGGCUCCUGGCAUUGAAGAGCCUGAGAUUGAAGCAUAUGUGAAGACUCUGUGCCGUUGGCACGGAAAGGGCAUGAUGCAGCCUAUCGAGAAGACUGCCUGGAGGGAGAUUCCAGUGGCUUACAUUCACACUACCACUGAUCUAUCGGUCCCAACUCCUGAGCAGCAGAGCAUGGUCGAGGGUGUGGAGAAGGCCACGGGCCGUAAGGUUCAGACUUUCACGGUAGAGUCUGGUCACUGCCCCAACUUCACUGCGACGCAAGGUGUUGUGGAUGCCAUCAACAAAGUUGUGUCUGCUUGA